AUGAGCUUCCUUCGCCCCAUGUCGAUGCUGCGUUCGGCAGCUCUACGGCCCGCACUUUCGGCGGCCCCCCGUGCCCGUGUACAAGUCCGCUUCGCGACCUCAGAUUACGGUUCCGGUAAGGGCAACCCAGCUGGAGAGUCACCGGAGAAGCAAGGCCAGAACCCCAGCGAGAACCUCGAGCAUCCCGGCCCCGCACCGCCCAAGGUUGCCCAAGGCCAGUCUUCGUCGUCGCCAAACAAGGACGGCAACUCGAACCAGAAUGAGUCCCCCAAGCCCUCAUCAGAGUCGCCAGCUCCUUCAUCAAACAAGUCUGGCAAGCGCGAGUUCUCGACAUUUGCACGCCAGAUGAAGGAGAGCAAAGAGCCAGCCGUCAAGCAGGGUCAAGACAACAAGCCCAGCCCCAACGAAGUCAAAGGUGCGAAACCCAAAAUCCUCAACGAAAACCCUCCUGCACCCGAAGAAGAGAGCGAGGACGUCAAGCAACACAACAAGGACAUGGGUAACCGGGCGGAACAGGCGCAUGAGAAGGUCGACAAUGAGGAAGCAGAGAAGGACAAAGUCCCUGCCAGCUUCUGGAAAGGCGAAGGUGGACGAAGUGGAUCUGAAGGCGUACGAGGAUGA